AAAUAGGACAUUGGGGUGCAAAUAGCUUUACACAACCGCAUUACAAGUUACCCAGGCUUUGAACUUUAGGGUGAUAGUUCUCCCGCUGAUUCCAGCAAUGGCUUCCGGAACCAAAUUCGAUCCGCGUGCAAACAAACGCCACAAAACACUUGAACGUCCGCUCCCGUCAAAAGAAGCCGCCGUCCAGGGUAAGACCAAGCUCGAAAACUUGGAGCGGGAGGACGAAGGCGGCGAAUCGGAGCGGUGCUGCGGGAUUUGCCUGGUGGAAUCCGGGCAGGGGCGGUCCACAAUUCAAGGAUGCAUCGGCAGCUGCGAUCACUUCUUCUGCUUCUUGUGUAUCACGGAGUGGUCCAAGGUUGAAUCCAGAUGUCCGACGUGCGAGCGCAGAUGCUCCGCCAUCCGCCGCCCUGCCAACCCCUCGGAACGCCUUGUCCCCGCACCUCACCGCGAUCAGGUAUACAAUCAUUUUGGAAAUGUGACAACAUGCCAAAGCUGACGACACUAUGAAUGAUUUUGAUGCUGAACUGAGUCUGAACCAAAGUAUUGUAUCACCUGAUUCACCUCAGCUUGUUAAUAGAGUAAGUGAUGAUGAGUUGUUGCCUUUGCCAAGAACUUAUGAGCUUUCUGCUAAAACCUUGUGGCGUCGCCGCACAUUUUACGUGAAAAUAAGGGCGGAUUACAGUGUGGGUCCAUGAGUUUCCCACCCAGCAAGAGCCAUGGCCGACCACUUCAUGCGAAUGAGAUGGAUAGAGCAUGAAAGAUGAUGGGUAUUGCGAAGUCAAUGAUGGACAAGCACCAUGGGCCCAAAACACUAAAUCGGGCCUCAAAACACGCUUCAAAGAAAACGAAUGACUGCAGAGAGGGUGGUACACGGCAUUCAACUUCUCUUUCAUCACACUCGGCAUUAAUUUGUGAUAGAAGUAGGCAUGCAUUGAAGAAGAACAUAUUUAGCUUAUCAUCAUCAUCUUGCUCGUGCUCUUUGAAGGAUAAUAAAGUUGGACCAGAAAAACUAGAGAUGGACAUGAAGCCAAGAAGGAUGUUCAAUCUCUAGUCAAGCUCAGAAGAAGGCUAGCUUGCGGUUCGGAGGCCUAACUUGUUUAUACAUUUGGAUUGGUCCCGACACACCCAUUAAUAAGAUCCAUCAUUUGCAGUGGAAAAUUCUUCUUUUGAUUUUUGUUUGGAAUGCAAUUCCAAACAAAACAGUUGUUGUUCAAAAACUCAUUUGGAACUUCAACUUCAAAUGGAACUUGGGUUUUGAGAAUUGUGUCAAGAGUUUAAAAUACUCCAUUUUAGGAUCGGGUGGUUCUUAUGACAUCGCCCGACAAUGUCAUGGGAUGACCUGAGGGCGUUCUGGUGCCCCGU